AGAGGAAAUGUAUAACGUUUAGACUCUUUAGCCUAUAAAAGUAGCCGUGGCCAACAUUAUUAUCAGCCUAGGAAAUAUCAGUUUACAUUUCCAAACAUUCAUUUUGCCAUUAAUUGUAAUAAUCCAGUGAGAUUUAUGUCUGUCAACAGUCAGUGCUUCACACCGAGAUCUGAUCUCUUCAUCAUCCUCAUGUCUGUCUGGAGUGACAUGAAGAAGCAGAACAAACUGAGACAGACUCAAUCCAGAAGAACUGCGGCAACAUCUCCAAGACACUUCAAGACCAUCUGGCACAGUCUGAGCUUCACUUAAGACUAAAUCACAAUAGGUUAUCAGAUAUUAACGGGACCAUGAGGAGCUCAGAUAUCCUGACCGGACUGAUCAUAGUCGGGCUCUUCACCGUCAUGUGCUCUGGACAAACUUCCCAAGAACUCACAGAUGACAUACAGCUGUCCCAGCAGGAAACGGAGAAGGAACUGGCUGAGGCUAUGACAGCACUUUUGGAAAGAUAUCAGCCUCAUGUACCAUCUUCAGAAAAACGUGGCAUUCCACAGUGUGCUGUGGGGUCCCGCUGCGCCAUGAGACUGGGUCCACGCUUUGGGAAACUGUGUGAAUGUGUCAGAGGAUCUAACUGUAACUCGUUUCUCUUAAAAUGCAUCUGAGUCAUUCAAAAAGUGGCAAAUCCAUAAUCCUUCCUCAAGCUGUAAAGUCAUACUCCUGAAAGAGGAAGUGGGUGGAAAUCUGUAUUCUGAAUCACUUGUGCGAGCUUUAUGAUAAGCAUUCAUGUAUUAUAUAUAUGCAUUAAAAAUGCAGCAUGACAAACAAUAGCAAAGCAUGGCUUUAAUGUGUUUAUUCAUUAAUAUCUUUAAAGCUGGUCUUGUGUUAUCAAUAAACAUGGAUAUUCUUCA